AUGAAGCUUGAUGAUGCUUUAUGGGCUUACCGGACCGCUUUCAAGACACCAAUCGGAAUGUCUCCUUACCGCCUUGUUUAUGGAAAGGCUUGUCACCUUCCGGUUGAAUUGGAGCAUAAGGCUUAUUGGGCCCUUAAGCAAUUGAACUUUCAUAUGGAGGAGUGUGGAGAGAAAAGGAAGCUUGAUCUUUGUGAGCUAGACGAGAUUAGAAUGGAGGCUUAUGAAAACGCCAAGAUCUACAAGGAGAAGACCAAGGCCUUUCAUGACCAAAGAAUCAAGGAAAAGCACUUUGAAGUGGGGCAACAAGCAUUGGUUUACAAUUCAAGAAUGAGGUUGUUUCCGGGAAAGCUAAGAUGCAUCAAUUGGAGUUGUCCUAAAUCAAGACGGGUCAAAAUCAAUGUUGAUGGAUCUAGGCAUAACUCUAGUGGCAAGAUUGCUACUGGUGGUGUUGCUAUAGAUCAUAAUGGCAUUUUGCUCAAUGGAUUCAACUGCAACUUGGAUCUUCAACGAAUCUUGGAUGUUGAAGCUUAG